UUCCCCCUCCCUCCCUGUCUUCCCUACCCUCUACGGUCUCCCUCCGUUCAGCCCGCAGCAGUUGCCGUCCGGCUCCCAGGCUUCUCUAGCAGACAUGGCCGUGAAAGUGUUCAGACUCCUGCUGUCCCGGAGCAGCGUCGCCGGAGCGUCUCCUUUCCCCGUGCUUGGUGUCUCCUUACCUCGACAACACCAGCACACAGGAACGGUGCAUUGUCAUGCUGGAACAUGGUACAAUAAACAGAGGACUUCUCUUCUGCUGGAGACGCUAUAUGGACCCUUUGUCCACCAGAGUGUGAGAAGAGCACAAUUCUCCAGCCAGUACAGGGCCUUCUUAACUCCCCAGGGCUCGAUGAGAACUCCGACAUGGCAGUUUCAGAGGCUGCUGUGCUCACCUGCUGCUUCAGAAGAGGUGACGGUGGUGUAUCAGAACAGCCUGCCGGUGAUCUCAGUGAGGCUGCCGUCUCGGAGGGAGCGCUGUCAGUUCACUUUAAAGCCCCUCAGCGACAGCGUGGGCAUCUUCCUCCAGCAGCUGCAAGCCGAGGACCGGGGUAUCGACCGGGUCGCUAUCUAUUCCACAGAUGGUGCAAGGAUAGCAUCCUCUACAGGGAUUGACCUUUUGCUGCUGGAUGACUUCAAGCUGGUCAUUAAUGACACCACGCACCUUGUGCGGCCACCCAAAAGAGAAAUGUUGGCACAUGAGGAGGCAGAGCGGCUGAACGACGUAAAGCUUCUGGUGCAGCAGCUCUACACUACUCUCCGCAUAGAGGACCAUCAGCUGAACAAAGAGAGAGAGCUGAUUGGCCGACUGGAGGAUCUAAACUCACAGCUCCGCCCACUGGAAAAGGUGAAGGACGAGCUGAGCAGGAAAGCAGAGCGUCGGACCACCUGGGUGCUGUGGGGAGGCAUGGCGUAUAUGGCCACCCAGUUUGGCGUGCUGGCACGGCUAACCUGGUGGGAGUACUCGUGGGAUAUCAUGGAGCCCGUCACCUAUUUCAUCACCUAUGGCACAGCCAUGGCCAUGUAUGCUUACUUCGUGCUCACACGCCAGGAGUACAUCUACCCUGAUGCCAGAGACAGGCAAUAUCUGCUAUUCUUUCAUAAGGGAGUAAAGAGGACACGCUUUGACGUCGAAAAGUACAACAAACUGAAGAACGCUAUUGCUGAGGCCGAGUUGGACCUGAAGCGCCUGCGAGAUCCUCUCCAGUUGCACCUCCCCAUUCAGCAGAUUAGCACCAGCAAGGAUUGAUGUGAGGAAGUGAAAGCCUCCCUUCCUCCUUCCCUCUUUCCUUCUCCCUUCUCUUUCCUUCCCUCCUUACUCUCUUUCUCCUUUUCCCUUUAUCUCAUUAAGCCCACCAUUCUUUCAUUUCCUUUUUUGUUUGUUUGUUUCCCCUGCCACCACUUUCAAGUUUUUUUUCUUUCUAAAAUGAAAUGGCAUUUGUUUUAAUUACUACUGUUUUUAUGUUCUAUAAUUUGGUUUUGAAAACUGCUUCAACAUGGUGAGUCAAUGUAAAGGAGGAGGGGAUGGAAUGAAAUCCACAGAAAGAAAGAAUGACACCUGAAGCCCCUUUGCUGGAGGGCAAAUUUGCUGGUUGUGCCUGCAGACCUGUGCGCUCUGGUAAUGCUACAGGAUCAUCGAGAGAACAGCAGCAGCCUACAGGAAGUGACCUCUGGGUACAGACACGAUGCUGAAAACAACACAUGCGGACACAUGCUCUGUGGUUCAGCACCUCUGAAACGUACUUUUCAAAUAAAAACCUCUAAAGACCUAUUUUUUACAGUGGAGUUCUAUAUCUGGCACAGGAAAGAUCUUGGGCCUUUGGGCUUUUCUAUUUUUGACCCAACGUCCCUGCGUGGAGCAGAGCUGUCCUCUGUCUCCCCUCUGUCCUCUCCUGUCCUUUAGUGGCUGGGACUCUGGACUGCUGCCACAUCUCCCUGUGUCUCCAGUUGCAUUCUUAGCAUGACUGACACGCUCUGCUGUGCAAACGACAGAGCCGUAACAAGAGUUCAACCACACUGCUGCUAAGCGUGUACAAGGGAAAAGGGGUCACGUGAUGAGCAUCAUUUCCUGUACAGACCUGUUGCAAGCUGCAGACCAGAGAUCUACCGGCUAAACAUCACUGUGUGUUCAAUUAUUAAAAAAAGAAAAAAAAAAGAAAAACAACAACAAAAAAAAAAAACAUUUUUUGGCACUUUUAUUUUGAAAGCCAUAUUAUAUUAUAUUGUAUUAUUAUAUUUGUUAUGAUGGGUGAGGAAAUUAAAUAACCUGUUUCUUUAAUAUUGGUGGAGGAGUUUUUUUCUUUUUCUUUUUCUUUUUCUUAUCAUGUUGUCAGCAUCGCACUUCAGUACACCAACCGGAUCAGGCCAUUUUCCUCAUACAUGCAGCUCUGGAUAUCAAAUUACAAAAUUAGCACGCUUCCUGUGCACAUAAUGGUUCAAUAGAAAUGCAGCCUAUGAACAGUGACAGUGAAUGAGUCCACAUAUGCAGCUUAUCCUUUGAAACCUGUGGAGAUUAACAGAGGAUUACAGAAGUGACAGAUUCAGAAGGUUUCCUCUUCUUUUCUGUGCCAGAAAACUGUUACCCACAGUGCCUCACAGCUCCCCGUGCAGCAUGCUGAUCAGGGCGCUCCUAUUCCCCUGUGCAGCCAUGUUCUGGUCUCUCAGCCUCAGCCCCUCUACGAGCCAGACACAUCCUUCAAGAUAUUUUCCUGGGCUGUUUACUGUAUCAUACGAUUGUGUGUCAAAAAAUAAAAAAGUGACAAAAUCUUAGCUGUACAGCUGCACAGCUCUUCUGUAUGCCAAGAAUAUACUGAAGUGUGAAGAGACCAUGUAAUAUAUUAGAUCCUAGAUUAAGCUGGUUUCUCGCACUAUUUUAUGGCAUGCUGUAGCGCGUGACUUUUGCAUCCUUUCAUCUAGAUCAUGGUGUCUUUAGGGGACAGGCAUUAGAGCAGACCUAUUCGGAAAUAGUUAAAUCAGAAUGAAAUAGUAAAAUCUGUGGAUGGAAUUUGGGGCCGCUUGAAUACGCACAUUUUUUUUUAUUUAUUUUUUUUUUUAAAUAGUUUUACAACGAGACAUUAAGGCAUUUCUUCUGGACAUGGUGCUCUGUUCAAGUUGAGUAGGAACAGCUUUUAGAUAUCUAACAGCCUUGCCAUCUCUCUCUCGGAGUAAUAUUUCAAAGCUUAUCUCUGCAUGUUUGCUCCAAAUUUUUUAUUUUUCUCUUAAAUAUUACCUUCUCCUCAUGCAGUUUACCAUCAGACCAGGGCUCCAGGCAGACACAGCACUAAAGUCCAGUGGCUCGACAUGGCAAAGUGAGCUACGAGACUGUCAUGUUUCAGAGACCUGGUGCAGAGCGGCGCUGUUUGAUGUAAUACAUGGCUUACUUAUUUAAUCAGAAAAAUGUCAUACACUGUGCAUGACUGCAAGCCUGGAAAUAUCUCACCGUGAUCCAAAGGAAUGUGUCUCACAAAAUUUGACAUUUAUUUGGAAGGUAAAGCACAAUCAUAUCAAUCCUAGAAAGGCCAGAUCUGAAUAAGUAAGCUGAAAUCGAGUUGUGGAGACGGCUAGCGUGGAUCUUUGAAUUUGUAUCGGUGUAUAAGAGACUGCAGUGGAUUUGUGUAUGAUGAUCAAGCUGAAGCUGUCACAGGAGGCUCAAUAACUGCUUCUGUAUUUCAUGAGGAACAGGUUUUGCUGCUCUCAGCUGUCAUUAGGCAAAGUUUAGAAAUGCUGUCAGUAAGAAGGUAUCGUCGAUGUUCAGCUACGUCGAUACGGACAGGAUGAUUGUCAGCGUAACUGUUUUUUUUUUUGUUUUUUUUUGUACAACUCCAUGAAAGCGUCUGAGUAAUUCCCAUCCAUAUUGGUCUUAAUCAAUAUGAGCAAAUCAAUCCCCUCCUGUGGCCCUUUGGCCUCUUGUCCUCAAACUGUCAAUAAUCAUAAAUCCUUGUAUGCUGUUGCACGCACAGAGGAAAUCGGGGGCAGGGACGGUGUCUAAAAAACACUUUCUGAAAUGACCUGCAAAGCUGAUACCAAAAUCAUUCACUGUUCAAUGCCUCAGUCGUUAUCAUCAUUGAGCAUUUUGACUUUUUUUUGUUCAUGUACACUAGAAGGGUUUGCCUUUUUAUUUGCUUUGCCUUUUAUUUUUUACAAGAGUAUAUGUAAUAUAUGGAACUUAUUCUAAAGCGGGUGUUGCAUGAAUGUAAUGUUUACAUGGGGAAAUUAUAUACAAAUGACCGAGGAAAAAAAAAAAGCUGCAAAGAUUACAGAUUUUACAGGUUUUGUUGAGGAUUUUGUGCCGUUUUAAUUCCUUCCAUGUACUCUGAGACUGCCCUGAAAGAUAGAUAGGCAGCCAAUGUCCAGCCAUGCACCUCGUUUUCAUUUUUUAAUCACUCUAUCUCUCUCUCAAUCUCUCUCUCUCUCUCUCCCCAUUUAUAUCUUUUAAAUACCUCUUCAUAAGCCGAAAAUUUUUCCAUAGCACAUGAAUUAAGUUGUAGAGGAGUGUGUCAUUUUACAUUUUUACUACAUGCACUUAAAAUAAAGAUAAAAUUGAAAUAUAUCAGUAUGAGUUAAGCAGGAACUCAUUGUUUUCACGUUAAUGCAUUUCCUUCAUUUCAUGUUUUUUAUCAGUGGCAUCAGAUGCUGUGAUAUUGAAAGACUAUAAAAAUAAAAAUGUAAACUCCUGUAUCAUUUAUGAAAUGUGUAUAAAAGAGAAAUGUAAUUCACUUAUCAAUAAAUACUUAUCCAGUUUUGGAA